AUUUCUUACUAGCAAAUACAAAACACAGACUACAUAACCCCCUUUUUAUAGACAUCAAUGAUACUCAAUAGACUUAGAUUACCCACGGUACUGAAAUUAUCCCAAUUGGCAUUUGCCCGAAACUAUUCCCGCAAAGAUUUUGCCUUUGUUUUCGAUAUCGAUGGCGUGCUUAUCAGAGGAAAAGAUCCUAUUGCCGCAGCCACCCCGGCCUUGGAACUCUUGAAUGAACAUCGGGUCCCCUAUAUUUUAAUGACCAACGGUGGUGGUGUCCUGGAAAAGGCCAAGGCCGACCACAUUGCAAAGAUUGUUGGUGUUCCGAUCUCCCCCUGGCAAAUUGUGCAAAGUCAUACACCAUUGAGAACCCUUGCCAAUGAUAGAAAACACAACAGAGUGUUGUGCAUUGGUGGUGUUGGUGAUGCUGUGAGACAUGUGGCUAAAAGCUACGGUUUUGAAGAUGUUGUGUUGCCAAUUGAUAUCGUCAAGGCUAUUCCCUCGAUUUCUCCCCACCAUAUGUUCAAACAGGAUGAUUUCGACAAGUACGCCAUUGACAUCGAUGUCAAUGUCCCUUUUAGGGCCAUUUUAGUGUUUAAUGAUCCGCGUGAUAUGUCGACUGAUGUUCAAAUUGUUCAAGACUUGUUGAACUCCCAAGAUGGUGUUCUUGGCACAAAGAGAAAGAGAAGAAGAUUGGAAGAUCCUGCCAUCCCUAUCGUAUUUAGCAACAGUGAUGUGUAUUAUUCUAAUGAAUACUCGUUGCCAAGAUUUGGUCAAGGUGCAUUCAGGAUCAUCACUGAAGAAUUAUACAGUCAUAUCAACCAGUUAAGACCUCAUGAAGCCAUGAGUUCGUUAUUAUGUGGUAAACCAUUCAAAUUACAGUAUGACUUUGCCCACCAUGUUCUUAUUGACUGGCGUGAAAUGUUAAUCACCAAUAAGUUUGAGCAACCAAAGUAUCCACUUUUAGGAACUGCCCCAACCGCAAGUCCAUUCAAGAACAUAUAUAUGGUUGGAGAUAACCCUGCUUCAGACAUCCAAGGAGCCAAUGAUCAUGGUUGGGAAUCAGUGUUGUUACGCACUGGAGUGUACGCCGAUGAAGACUUAAGUUCGCUCGAGGCUCAACCUACUGCUGGUGUCUUCAACGACGUGUACGACGCCGUGCUUGAAAUUUUACGAGUUAACAAAGUCAAAAUUUGAUUCCUUUGUUUUGUGCAACGGGCAAAUAUUUUUAGCAGUCAUAAAGAACCUUCUAUAUCUGUGUAAAUAUCGUAAACAAUGAUUUAUUGGAACAUUUCCGGU